CGGGGGACGGGGAGCGGCGGCGCGGCCAUGGCGGCGGGGCCGCAGCGGGGCCCGCGGGGCUCGGCCGUGCUGGAGCUGCCCCGGGCCCCGCGCCUCGUCUGUGUGGAGUACCCGGGGCUGGUGCGGGACGUCGGGGCCAUGCUGAGCACGCUGGGAGGAGAGCAGGGCGUGUCGCGGAUCUACGCCGACCCUGCCAAGAGGCUGGAGCUGUAUUUUCGCCCCAAGGACCCCUAUUGCCACCCUGUGUGUGCCAACCGCUUCCCCACCUCCACCAUGCUGCUCAGGGUCAGGAGGAGGAGCAGGAGGAAGAAGCAGCUAGACACCGAGGAACAAGUCCAGCCAGAAGUCCAAUUUGAGAUGGAGAUCCUUGGGAUUGUCACCACUGUUUACAAAUUUCAAGGAAUGUCUGAUUUCCAGUACCUGGCAAUGCACUCUGGCCCUGAUGGCAAACAAACCUCCAUGUAUGACAAAGUCCUGAUGCUCAAACCAGAGAAGGAAGAGUUCUUCAACAGGGAAUUACCUCUUUACAUCCCACCACCAAUUUUCUCACGUCUGGACACUCCCAUUGACUAUUUUUAUCGUCCAGAUAUUCAGCACAGGGAGGGAUACAACAACCCCCAGGUGUCUGCUGAGAACCUGAUUGGCCUCAGCAGGGCCCGUCGCCCACACAAUGCCAUCUUUGUGAACUUUGAUGAAGAGGAAAUCCCAGCUAAGCCACUGGAUGCUGCUGUACAGACCUGGAAGAAAGUGUGCACCAAUCCUGUGGAUAAAAAGGUGGAGGAGGAGCUGAGAAAGCUCUUUGAAGUCCGUCCUGUCUGGUCUCGGAAUGCAGUCAAAGCCAACAUCAGUGUCCACCCGGACAAGCUGAAGCUGCUGCUGCCAUAUCUGGCCUAUUACAUGUUGACAGGUCCCUGGAGAAGCUUGUGGGUUAGGUUUGGGUAUGACCCCAGAAAACACCCUGAAGCAAAGAUUUAUCAAGUACUGGACUUCCGAAUUCGCUGUGGAAUGAAAUAUGGUUAUGCCCCUAAUGACAUGCCCGUGAAAGCAAAACGCAGCACCUACAACUACAGCCUGCCCAUCACUGUCAAGAAACAAGUCAGCCACACAGUCAGUGUCCACGACCUCAAACAGGGGCUGGGUACAGCUGGUGCAUCUGGGGCAAAAAAGCCCCCCUCCAGCAGGUAUAAACUGAAGGAAUCCAUCUACGUUUUCCGAGAAGGAGCUUUACCCCCAUAUCGACAGAUGUUCUACCAGCUCUGUGACUUGAAUGUGGAGAGGUAUUGUACACUGGCAGCUGAGUGUUGUGUUAGAGAAAGAUUUCAAAGCCUAUUGCUUGUCCCCUGUCCCUUCACCUCUCUCCCCUUGACCAGGAACAUCGGAGGUUUUUAACUUCUGAAUAAAAGUAGAACAGACUUUUCACGCAUGAACUUCCUUUCCCAUAUGACAA